AUGGAGCAAUAUAAUUAUACACAAAGUACUCAAGAACAAAAUUAUAGUGAUUAUGACGAUAGUUCCACGUCUAUUGAUGUAGAACAUGAACAUCCUAAACGUCAUGUUAAUAUAAAAAAUUUAGUGUUAGAAUUGCCUAUGCCUUCAGAUUUACUUGGAAACAUCUCUAGAAAUGAUUUAAAAGAAUUUACACAUGCGCGGUAUAUCGCAUGUACAAGUGAACCUGAAAAUUUUGAGGAAAAUGGAUUUACUCUUCGCCAAAUAGAAACAAAUCCUCCAAGACAAACAGAAUUAUUUAUUAUGAUACCCAUGUGUAAUGAAGAUAAAGUUCUGUUAUCCCGCACUUUUCAUGGAGUCGUGAAAAAUAUUACUCAUCUUUGCGCUCGUAAAAGAUCUAAAUUUUGGGUAUACGCGGAUAAAGACGGGUGGAAGAAAGUUGUUGUAUGCAUAGUUGCUGAUGGUCGUGAAAAUAUUGAGAAAAGCUCUUUAGCUUACUUAGCAGCUCUCUGUGUCUAUCAAGACGGUGUUGUAGUAGGAAAAGUAAAGGACGACACUGUAAAUGCACAUAUAUUUGAGUAUACAACACAGAUUUCAAUCGAUCAUUCUAUGAAUAUUAAAACAGGAAAAGACACUGAAGUUGUUCCAAUCCAGAUACUCUUUUGUAUUAAAGAGAAGGAAACUAAAAAAAUCAAUUCUUAUCGAUGGUUUUUUAAUGCCUUUUGUCCAGUUCUUAGACCUAAUAUAUGUAUACUUAUUGAUGUUGGCACUGAACCAGACCCAAAUAUUGCAGGCGCUUGUGGCGAAAUAGUUGUAGAAAAAGGUAAAGGUUAUAUUAAACUAUUGAAUCCAAUCGUGGCCGCCCAAAAUUUUGAAUAUAAAAUGACCAACAUUCUGGAUAAGCCAUUUGAAUCUGUGUUUGGAUAUAUUACUACUUUACCUGAGGCUUUUUCUGCAUAUCGGUAUAUUGCUCUACAGAAUACUAUUAAUGAUAAGGGGGAGAUCGAAGGUCCUCUGGCAUCUUAUUUUAAAGGUGAAAUUAGCAAUGUAAAAAAGGGGAGAAACAUUUUCUCUGCUAAUAUGUAUCUUACUAGAGAUCGUAUUCUUUGUUUGGAGUUGGUUACUAAACGCGGAUGUUCUUGGUUAUUACAUUACGUUAAAUCAUCCAAGGCUGAAAUCAAUGUACCUGAAGAUAUUUCUGGGCUAAUUAACCAGCGAAUACGUUGGUUAAACGGUUCAUUUUUCGCUAGCUUUUAUGCCAUUGUACAUUUUUAUUAUAUUUGGAGAAGUAAUCACUCUUUUGGUCGUAAGCUAUUUUUGCUUAUUGAAAUGCUAUUUCAAGCAUAUAAACUUGUUUUCUCAUGUUGGAGAAAACAAGGUGAUAUUGAGGAUGAAGAAAAGAAAUUAGAGAAAACUGUCAAUCAUGGAACUACUCACGAUGUAAACUCUGUAUAUAGAGAUGCCAUUCGAGCAAUAAGACAGCAAUCUUAUAGAGAAAGAUCUAUAACGCAAGAUAAAUACGAAAGUCCUCGAAGAGAUUUUCAAUCGAUAAUGAUUAUGUUUUUUUGGUUAUUUAGCAAUUCUGCAUUGGUAGCUCUUAUCAUAAUUUUUGGUGACAAAUUAGCAAAGGAUAUUUAUAUAGCAGUUAUCCUUUGGUCUUUUACUGGAUUAGUUGCCUUCAAAAUUCUUGGUACAUUAAAAUAUUUAAUACUUAGAUUAUUUAAAGACUCAAUAGUACGCAGUUGUAAACAACGAUUGUAA